AUGGCUGGUCCGAUCCGGCACCCAAUCAACCAGGCGAACCUGGAGCGAUAUCUCCAGGAACACGUCCCGGAGAUUAAGACGCCCCUCGACAUUAAGCAGUUCGGCUUCGGUCAAUCCAAUCCCACCUACCAACUCACCUCCGCCACCGGCAUCCGCUAUGUCCUCCGCAAGAAGCCCCCGGGCAAGCUCCUCUCCAAGACGGCGCACAAGGUCGAGCGCGAGUACCGCAUCAUGCGCGCCAUCGGCGAGGCCAACGCCCAGGGGUCCGCGAGCGUGCGGGUUCCCGUGCCGAAGACGUAUUGCCUGUGCGAGGACGACUCCGUUGUCGGCACGCCGUUUUACGUGAUGGAGUUUUUGGACGGGAGGAUCUUUGAGGAUUUUAGUAUACCGGGCGUGGAUCCCGAGACGAGGACGGCGAUGUGGGCAGACGCAAUCCGCACCCUCGCAAACCUCCACUCCAUCAACCCCGCAUCCAUCGGCCUCGCCUCCUUCGGCAGAGACAAGGACUUUUACUCGCGCCAGAUCAAGACGUGGUCGACCAUCUGCAAGGCGCAAGAGGCCGUGAGCGAUGUCGAGUCGGGAGUGAAAGUCGGACCCUUGCCGCACAUGGAGGAUCUCGUGUCAUAUUUCGCCGAUCUUAAGAAGCAGCCUGUUGACAGGGCCGUGAUUGUCCAUGGAGAUUUCAAGAUUGAUAACUUGGUCUAUCAUAAGACGGAGCCGAGGGUUAUUGGUAUAUUAGACUGGGAAAUGUCCACAAUAGGUCACCCCCUUUCCGACCUCUCCAACCUCCUAACAGCAUUCACAACCGCCCCAGCCCCCUCCUCCCCCUUCACAGCCUCCCACUCCUUCGUCUCGAACCCGGCCUUCAUCCCCGGCAACACCCCGGGCCUGCCCACCCGCGAAGACCUCAUCGCUAUGUACGCCUCCGCCACAGCCUCCGCCUCGGCGGCCAAGGGCAAGGGAUCUGCGGGAGGCUACGACCCCCGGCCCGGCGGCGAGGUCUCCUGGGGCGCCGCGUUCAACCUCUUCAGGCUGGCCGCUGUCUUGCAGGGCAUCGCGGCGAGGCAGGCCGUGAGGCAGGCGAGCUCGGCGCAGGCCGCUGUGCAUGCGGCGGCGAGGGGGCCGUUGGCUGAGCUUGCUUGGCGGAUGAUUGAGGAUAGGGAGAAGGAGGGUAGGGGGAACAAGGCCCGCUUGUAA